CUAUUCUUUUGUUUAAUCGUUGCGCAAUGCAGCUGUUUGGCUCCUCUGCUGCGGAAUUGAGGGAUGAAGUUUGCAAGGAUAGCGAACCUGGGACAUUUCCAGAGCCUCUUAUUAAAAGUGUGGGGAAAGUGAUUAUUGUGAAGCUAAACUUGAAAGACAACAAUCUUAACCGUCCUAAUAGUAGUAUCAGUGUGUCUCAGCUCUCUGAUGACCCGAAAAUAGUUGAACAAUUUACUUAUUUUUAUCAACCAGGUGGUGGUCCAGUUAUUAGUCAGAGUUCUCCUGCUGAAUCUUCUGGAUCAAAAUCUUCUUCUAAAGUUCAUGAAGCGCAAACAUAUGAGGACAAUGAUUUGACAAUCUCUCAGUUCAUUACCCCCAAUUAUUCUCAAGCAAAACGUAGGAAAGAAUUGAAAAGCCCCUCACUGGAGGUGGAAAACCUAGGCCUAUCAGGGAUGUUAACCCCUGAUUUCAGUGCUACUAAGCCCACAAAGACAAUAAAGAAAGAGCCUAAAUGAAAAACACAACAAUAGCUCCUCCCAAAUAGAUUAUUGUCUUUUCUA